AAUAAUGUAAUCAUUUUAAGCUAGGUAACAAACAUUUUUGUUUCACUUUUUCAGCGAAAACGUUAGAACUUGCCAACCUUCUCGAACAGCCGUUGGCAGUUAGAAUUUACGAAUAAUAACAAUUCUAAAUUAAUAAACUCGAAUAAAACGUGAAAAGGCCUCAGUUGUAGCUGGAAGUUACAAAAAAUAGCUACAUUGAUCUAAAUUAGUUUAGGCCUACUUUAAAUUAUUGUAGGACCAAUAGAGGCAGGUCAAGUUCCGGAUACUCCUUACUGACUUGAUUUUCUCUCUUUUUUUAUCAAUCUCAGAAGAAAUGCCGAAAGAGAAAAAUAGAACGAAUGGGAAAAAGAGAGUAAAUAUUAAAUUGAAGGAAACAAUAAUCCAUUCAAGGAAACACAAAGUUAAACCUAAACAAAAGUCGUCAAAACAAAGUGUCAACACCCCAGCUAAACCACAGGUGAAAAGUUCCGUCAAAUCACCUUGGUUGGCAAAGCAACCAAAGACAGUGAAAUCUCCAGGCGGUCGGGGCCUAGGAAAGGCUGGAGCUCGACGGUUGGGUCAGUUACUAAAACGUGCAAUUCAAGAGAAGACAAAUGUCACAGGAAAAGAAAAAGAACCGUUGCCAUCGACUCCAGUCCGGCUUUUCAAGUACCAGGUACAGGCUGAACCGAGCGAAGCGAAGACAGGAUCAUGUUUGCCCAGGGUGUCCCAACUGAUACUUCGGGUGGUCUCUCAGUGUAAGCACCGCGGGGGUAUCUCCAUGGUGGAGCUCAAGCACGCCUUGGCAGCUGGUGGUUACGAUGUCAGCAAGAACAACACCCGUGUUAACUUAGCAGUGAAGGGUCUGGUGAGGAAAGAGACUCUGGUGCAGACCACAGGAACUGGAGCAUCAGGUUCAUUCAAGCUCAACAAAAAGAAAUUGUCAGGGGGAAAGAAUAUAAAAAGAGCCACAAGACAUAAAACAGGCGCCAAGUCUGCAGAUGAGAAAGGAACCUUGAAACCAAAAGGACAGGCUGCAAGACCAGGUGCUAAAACAGGCAAACCAGCAGGGAAGUCACCUGAACCAGCUAGGAAGUCACCCAAACCAACAGGGAAGUCACCUAAACCAGCAGGGAAGUCACCUAAACCAGCAAGGAAGUCACCUAAACCAGCUAGGAAGUCACCUAAACCAGCAGGGAAGGGAACCAAGUCACGCCCUAAAGCAAAUCACAGAAGACAGCGAUAAAGACGGUGAAAAAGACUUAUCAAGGCGUCUAUAAAAGCACCACAACACCCAGAGAAACGGACUACAUCACCCAGAGAAACGGACUCCAUCACCCAGAGAAACGGAGAACAGCAACCAAGGGAAACAGUUCCUUGUGGGCUUGGACUGACGAUACAGACCUCUGGUAGAUUAACUAUUUUAACAUCACAUUGUUUUUCAUCAUACCGUUGUCCUUGCCAUAAUCGGUG